AUGAAUUCCGAGAAUAUUACACAUCAAGAUACUGCCACUCAGACCAACCUUGAUCCGGCCAUCCUAAAGGUACAACUUGACAAUGCAUUGGGGGAAAACAAGACACAAUACUGGGACCACAUUCGAAGCUUUAUCAAAGGAAAAAUCAACCGAAUGGAACUCGAUUUCUGGGCAAACUUGUUUUUGUCGAAUGAGCAUUCACAUCUUCACGAAGAAUUUGUCCGAGCGAGCAUAAAUAAGAACAAGAAAAAAACGUGCGUCGACGUCUCAGACCGUCGAAAAGUUGUUAACAAUACUCGACGUUUAUCAAUAAAAGAAAAGAGCAAACGCGCGUCACAACAUAAAGUGUUGAAGGACAUAUUCAAAUCGAUGGAGAAAGAUGACAGGAACCAAUUAAGAUAUUUUUUGAAGAAUGCCAAGUGUCAACAAGAACGUAAACUCGGGAAGAGCAAAGACUCCGCAACGGCGCGUUCCGACGAUCCGAAAAAGGAGGAAUCGAUGUGUUCAAAGAGAGAGUUUCCCGAAUACGAACAUGUAUACGCGCGCAUGAAAGAGAUCGCGUUGAAUAACGAAUUGGUGGAUGUUCAGGAGGACUGUGUGUCGUUGAUGCUCCUCGCGUUAGAGGCACACACCAAAAACAUUUUACAUAGCUGUAUUAAUAAAAUCAGAAAAGUCAAAGAUUUACAAGACAACGACAGUAGUGAUCCUGUUCGCCCGCCGAUAUCCCUAAAGGACCUUGCGUUCUCCAUUGAAUUAUCACCUCACGUUGCGACAUUGUCAUCGUCGCUCGAAGAAAAAAUCAGGGUGAACUUAAGGCACGAUUCUCAUCAAAUACGAUGA